AGCUUUCGAGGAUAAGGUGUACUUAAUAAUAAAGUUAUUAUCUCUCGCAAGACAAAAUGUCUCGAAUGUUUUUAAUAGUGGUUUUAAUUGCUUUCGUGGGGGUGUGUACCGCUCAGUUAAAUUUCUCCACGGAUUGGGGAAAACGUUCAGGCUCUUCAGCCGGUUCCGACGCAAAUAACUGCAAGGAACCCGUCGAAACCAUCAUGCUGAUUUACAAAAUAAUCCAAGUAAGUUUUUUCAAUAUUCCCAAUUCGCCCCAACAGAUUUUUGCAGAAUGAGGCCCAGAAGAUAAUCGAAUGCGAAAAAUACGCCUAGUGGAAACGCCGACUGGACUGGAAUACUAAUUGUUUCAUCACUCGUGUGCCCUUUCUUUUUUCCAUUUGUUUUGUUUAAACAUUAUUGUAAUUGUGGCUACCAAUAAAAUGUAAGCAU